UUUCAGAAUGAGGAGAGCUGCAGUUUGUCUGGCGUUGCUGCUCUGUCUGCUCUGGACGGGGGCUCAGGGUGAGGAUGGAGGGGGGACAGGGAAGAAAGAGGGGGAGUUUGAUAUCCAAGAAGAGAAAGCAGCCCACGAUCAGAGCAGCAGUGAGACCCAGAUGAGCACUGACGUCUGGGCUGAGCUGAAGGAGAUCAGAGACAUGGCCAUCGAACACAGGAUCAAGAUCCAGAGGCUGGAGCAAGACAACACAGCUUUUGAAAAAGAGGUGGGGGAGCUCCAGAAAGAGAACACAGAUCUUCAGGCUCGAGUCACAGCAAGUGAGAAUAAGAGCUCAGCUCUAGAGGCCAACAUGAGCUUCAGUGAAAAUGAAGUGCAGGAGCUGAAGAUAGACACUGCAGUUUUAGAGUCCAGGAUGAGCUCCAGUGAAAAGGAGGUGCAGGAGCUCCAGAGAGUGAACGCGGCUUUAGAGGCAAGGAUGAGCUCUAGUGAAAAGGAGGUGGAGGAGGUAAAGAGAGUGAACGCAGAUCUUCUGGCUCGAGUCACAGCAAGUGAGAAUAACAGCACAGUUUUAGAGUCCAGGAUGAGUUCCAGUGAAAAGGAGGUGCAGGAGCUCCAGAGAGUGAACGCAGCUUUAGAGGCAAGGAUGAGCUCUAGUGAAAAGGAGGUGGAGGAGGUAAAGAGAGUGAACGCAGAUCUUCUGGCUCGAGUCACAGCAAGUGAGAAUAAGAGCACAGUUUUAGAGUCCAGGAUGAGUUCCAGUGAAAAGGAGGUGCAGGAGCUCCAGAGAGUGAACGCGGUUUCAGCUUUAGAGGCAAGGAUGAGCUCUAGUGAAAAGGAGGUGGAGGAGGUAAAGAGAGUGAACGCAGAUCUUCUGGCUCGAGUCACAGCAAGUGAGAAUAAGAGCACAGUUUUAGAGUCCAGGAUGAGUUCCAGUGAAAAGGAGGUGCAGGAGCUCCAGAGAGUGAACGCGGUUUCAGCUUUAGAGGCAAGGAUGAGCUCUAGUGAAAAGGAGGUGGAGGAGGUAAAGAGAGUGAACGCAGAUCUUCUGGCUCGAGUCACAGCAAGUGAGAAUAAGAGCACAGUUUUAGAGGCCAGGAUGAGUUCCAGUGAAAAGGAGGUGCAGGAGCUCCAGAGAGUGAACGCGGUUUCAGCUUUAGAGGCAAGGAUGAGCUCUAGUGAAAAGGAGGUGGAGGAGGUAAAGAGAGUGAACGCAGAUCUUCUGGCUCGAGUCACAGCAAGUGAGAUUAAGAGCACAGCUUUAGAGUCCAGGAUGAGCUCCAGUGAAAAGGAGGUGGAGGAGCUCCAGAGAGAGAACACAGACCGUCCUCAGGUGGCGUUCUCAGCCGGUCUAACUGGUUCAGGAGUAGUCGGACCCUUCACCACUGAUACCACACUGAAGUACAGUAAAGUCUUCACCAAUAUCGGCCAGGCCUACAGCCCAACUACAGGUAUCUUCACAGCCCCCAUCAAAGGAGUCUACUACUUCAGCUUCAACAUGUGGGGAAGCCGCUUUGUAUCAGAUACCGCUCUUGAAUUCGCUCUCAACAACGUGAUGAAGAUGAGGCUUCAAGAUUACAAUGAUGCCUAUGGCUAUGUCUCUGCGGCUAACUCAAUUGUUCUUCAGCUGGAGAAGGGAGAUGUUGCCAACAUCGUUCUGCCCUCCAGCUACAACGUUUAUGGUGAUUUGUAUAAUCGCAUGAUUUUCAGUGGAUUUCUACUCAUUCCUCUGUGAAGCCCACUGUAAAACACCCACUGCAUUAAGUUUCAACAUUACAUAUUAAUAAA